UAACGUUCAGUCCAGAAGACUGACUUCGCAACGUCUAUGUAUAUAAGAAUUAAUCUGCUCGGACGGCCGACAGCUUUUAUGCCACAAAUUUCCACGGGUGUAAGAACUAGAGAAGUUACGUGUAUUGUGCAUAUGACCUGACACUCUUUUCUAACAGCUUUCUGGUUUAGCAUAUCUUAUCCAACUCCAUCUUAUGCAGCCCUUGUAUUGUUCAUAAUCGCAUAACGCAGAAUUGCUUAAUGCAAAGGGAAAGAGAGAGAAUCAGAGUUUGAAAGUGUGCUUGGCAUGGCGAACAAUUCGUUGGCGACGAAGGCGGCCAUGCAACCGCACCUAUUUCACUCCACACCCAAGCCAGAUGUCCUUGGAACGAGAAUGCCUGGCAUUUACGGGGGGUUGAGAAGAAGCUAUGGUAGUAUUGCAGUGAAAAGUACGACGAGGAGAAGAAAACAGAGAAUGCCGAAGGUGUUAAACCACGGAGACACCAUUACUCGCUCCAUUGAGCUUCCUAACCCCAAUGAGAAUGCAGGGACUGACUUAUUCCGGAAGAAAGAUCUGGAUUACUUGAGAAAAAACUGGAGAAAGAUGACAAGUUUAAAUUAUUGGAUUAUACGGGAUUACCAUGUACUUGUAAGUGCUGUAAAUGUUCUAGAACCUGAUAUGCAGAGACUCACAAAUAAACAGCUGCAAGCUAAAACAAAAGAAUUUCGUUGUCGACUUCGUGAUGGAGAAACUUUGGAUGAUAUACAAGCUGAGGCAUUUGCUGUUGUUCGUGAAGCUGCAAGACGGACACUUGGAAUGAGGCAUUUUGAUGUCCAGAUUAUUGGUGGGGCAGUUCUUCACGAUGGGGCUAUUGCUGAGAUGAAGACAGGGGAAGGCAAAACUCUGGUAUCCACAUUAGCAGCUUAUCUCAACUCAUUAACAGGAAGAGGAGUUCAUGUUGUGACAGUGAAUGAUUACUUGGCACAACGUGAUGCUGAAUGGAUGGGACGCAUCCAUCGCUUCCUGGGAAUUUCUGUUGGCCUCAUCCAGAGUAGCAUGGGCCCUGAAGAAAGGAAGGCGAACUAUACCUGUGACAUCACAUAUUCAAGCAAUUCAGAAAUUGGGUUUGACUAUUUGCGUGACAACCUUGGUCAAAGUAAAGAGCACCUUGUUAUGAGAUGGCCAAAGCCAUUCAACUUUGCUAUUGUUGAUGAGGUUGACUCUGUCCUGAUUGAUGAUGGUAGAAAUCCUUUGCUGAUAAGUGGUGAGGCCCCUAGUGAUGCUGCACGGUUUCCAGUGGCUGCUCAGGUAGCCAAUCUUCUUGUGCGGGAUUAUCAUUAUAACGUGGAGCUCAAGGAGAACGCAGUGGAGCUCACUGAGGAAGGCAUAGCAACUGCAGAGCUAGCCCUUGACACAGAUGACUUAUGGGAUGAAAGAGAUCCUUGGGCAAGGUUUGUGAUAAAUGCUUUAAAGGCAAAAGAAUUCUAUCGACGGGAUGUGAACUACAUAGUCAAAGAUGGGCAAGUGCAAAUUAUAAAUGAGCUAACUGGAAGAGUUGAAGAGAGAAGGAGAUGGGCAGAUGGCAUUCAUCAGUCAGUAGAAGCUAAAGAAGGAGUGGACAUACAUCCAGAUACGUCAGUUGUUGCACAAAUAACGUAUCAAUCAUUGUUCAAGCUAUAUCCCAAGCUAUCUGGCAUGACUGGAACUGCUAAAACAGAAGAGAAGGAAUUUCUAAAAAUUUAUCAGAUGCCUGUUGUUGAAGUGCCAACAAACUUGACUAAUAUCCGCAAGGAUUUACCUCUUCAAGUUUUUGCUACUGCAUCUGGCAAAUGGGAGAAAGUGAGAGAAGAAGUAGAAUUCAUGUACAGUCUGGGUCGUCCUGUUUUGGUUGGUACAACUAGUGUAGAACAUUCUGAAUAUUUAUCUGAGCUUCUUAGGGAGUGGGAGAUUCCUCAUAACGUUUUGAAUGCUCGACCAAAGUAUGCAGCCAGGGAGGCUCAAAUUGUUGCACAGGCUGGUAGGAAGGGAGCUAUUACUAUCUCAACGAACAUGGCUGGUAGAGGGACAGACAUUAUCCUUGGGGGAAAUCACGAGAUGCUAGCAGAAGAAAUUAUUGAAGACAGUUUAAUGUGUUUCAUGACAAAAGAAGCUCCAAAUAUUGACAUGGAUGGUGCACCUCUAUCACAACUGGGUUUAGCAAAGGUAAAGCUAAGUCCAUCAUCACUAGGAAGUCUAGCAAAGACAGUUGUAACUGUCAAACAUGUUUGCCAAAGAGAUGGCGAGAUUUGGAGCUAUCGCGAAGCAAAAUCUAAGAUCUCAGCCUCAUUGGAAUUGAGCCGUAGUAAGGAUGUGAAUGAACUUGAAAGCCUUGCCGGUGGUGAGAGCAGCACAUUUCGUCUUGGUCCAAUGAUUGCUCUUGCAUAUCUUGCUGUUUUAAAAGACUGCAAGGUUCAUUGCACUAAGGAAGGCCUAGAGGUCAAGAGACUUGGAGGCCUUCAUGUCAUUGGUACAUCUUUACAUGAGUCCCGGCGGAUUGACAACCAGCUUCGUGGAAGAGCAGGAAGGCAAGGGGAUCCUGGAUCUACAAGAUUCAUGAUAAGUUUACAAGAUGACAUGUUUGUUAAAUUCAAUUUCAACACAGAAUGGGCAGUGAACUUAAUAUCAAAGGUCACGUCGAAUGAAAACAUCCCUAUUGAAGGUGACACUAUUAAAAAUCAGCUUUUGGGUUUACAAAAGAGUGCAGAGCAAUAUUAUUUUGGGUUACGAAAGAACCUUGUGGAGUUUGAUGAAGUGUUAGAGGUUCAGAGGAAACAUGUAUAUGAUUUGAGGCAAUCUCUUCUGCUUGAUGAUACUGGAAUUUGCCGUCAACGUAUUUAUCAAUAUAUGCAAGCUGUUAUGGACGAAAUUGUUCUCAGAAAUGUAAAUUCACAUAAGGCUCCUAGGUACUGGAAUUUACGAAAUCUUUUGGAUGACUUUCAUGCUAUUACAGAGAGAGCAUUUGUUGAUACGUUUGCUGGUGUUUCUGAAGAAACAUUUGCAGUAUCUCUAGAGCACUUUUGCCGAAUGCACAUUCAAGAACUUGAUACCUUCCAGAUUCAAAACCUUCCUGUGCCUCCAGAUAUGUUCAAAGGAAUCCAUGCUAAGGCCUUUUCUUUCAAGCGCUGGCUUCUGCUUACAUCAGAUGGAUCAGUCAUGUCUGGAAAGUACCAGGACAAUGUCAAUCUUCUUCGUAAAUACUUUGGAGAUUUUUUGAUUGCUUCUUACAUAGAAGCAGUCAGAGACUCUGGCUAUGAUAAUACAUAUGCGCAAGAAGUUGAGAGAGCUAUUGCUUUAAAGGCUCUGGAUUCAUUUUGGCGUGAUCAUCUACUGAACAUGAACCGUCUUAAUACAGCGGUGAGUGUACGAGGCUUUGGAUCUAGAAAUCCACUUGAGGAAUACAAGAUAGAUGGUUGUCGGUUCUUUAUUACAAUGCUUGGUGCCGCUCGUCACCAGACGGUCACUUCUCUAUUGCGUUAUUGGUUGUCACCUAAUGGCUCACUAGAAUUAGCCUUUGCCAAUUGAUCCAUAAUCUAUGUUUUGCAAACUUGGAGUUGGCUUCAGCUUCAAUGUCAUAAUUGCAGGUUAAUCAAAGUCCAACUAGGACUUGAACUUGAUCCAAUCCAUGAAGACGCUUCAACCAGCAAGAUGUCAAGGUCGUCAACAUUUGCGUGAAGUCUUAGCUGCAGUGGUUAUUUUCUCAGUCAGAGCUGUGGCUUGUCAUUGUUAUAUAGCAUUUUUUGACACGUUACCUGUUGUAAUAGUGUUUGCCAUAGAACAUGUAUUUAAUGUUAAUUGUUGUAAUAUUGAAAUUGUUUUAAAAAAUAUUUGUUAUUUAAAUGAUGCUUCAAAAUGUAAAAAUACUAAGUUAUAAUUUAUACAUAAUAUACGCUGCUGCAUUGUUCCAAUUCCCCAAAGAUUUGGCAUUGGAUGCCAUAAAAAUCAGAUUUACAUUGGAUAUUCUGAGGAAGCAGCGAGUACCCAGUGGCAUCCUGGUCUGUUUGCAUAGAGAAUCCCAAUCCCAUGUCUUUGGCUGGAAGCCCUGUUUGUAGCCUUGUGGAACAUCUGCCUGGAAAAAUUAGAAGAAGGAACCUUUAAGGAGGUUUCACAUCCAUGGGAAAGGUUUUGUAAAUGAUUUGAGGACCACCGAUAGAGGGAGUUGUCAUUGUGUGUUGAAAUUUAAUAAGAAUCUAUUAAUCA